UACGAGGGGAUGCUAAAAUAAGAGUUAACGAAUGACUUUUCUGGGGUGUGGCUAACACAUCCGUAGAAGUCUCUUCGAGCCAAAUUAGGUUUUCCCAUCAUGAUUUCAUAGUUUCCGUUGACCAAGUUUUCUGGGUGAGUGCCGGAUGCCAAAUUGAUCUUACCGAAUAAAUAAAAUUUGUUAAGUCACUACUUUGUACUUCUACCGAGAUUUGGAGACGAGAUUGGGAUCCCCUCCGCAGCCUCAAGCCCCCCUUUGGAUACUGCGCAGCCAGUAUCGCUGACUCAAACCGCAUUCCACACUUCCACUAACGCUAACACACACACACACACAUAGACACUCCAAAACGGUCCGCACAUGGCCGCAAUUAUUCUCAAACUUUAACAUUUCGUUUGUUGGCUCUCGGAUCAGCAUUGGAAUUCAAAAAUCGCGCGCCUUACCUACCGUACCCCCUCCCCCAGAUGAUUGUCCACAUCACUUUGCCUACACAGCGAGAAAAAAAAAGGAUAGUCUUUAUAUAAAUACAAUAAUUUUAAACACAAAAUAUUAUUUUACGUUUUUCUUUCAACUAAUAACUCAUUAUUUAAGACCUCAUUGGUCAAAGUUUUUAUAAUUUAGUAAAUUAUAUUUAUUAAUAAUUAUUUUAUUAUUUUUCGCAGUGUAGCCAAUGGAACACACCUGCAAAAAGCACAGACACACACACACACCUAAGCCCAGAUUUGCAAGCACUCUCUCUCCCUCUCUCUCAUUCCCGCUCAGUAGCACGCGCAAGACACUAGCUCAGCCGCUCCCUCGGCUCGAGUGACAGCAACAACUUUUCCGCUGGCUUUUAGGCUGGGCUCAGAGCGACGUCAACGUCGCAUACCGAUCCGGUCAGGGGCGGGGGCAGCAGGGGAGACUGUGUACUUGCGGCAGGUGAAAGAGAAAAUGCCAGGAGGGGGUCAGCACUAUCGGUCGAGCGAUCUUGCUCAAACACAAUAAACAAACAAAGCGAAAUGCAAAUAAAAAGAAAACGCUGACUGACCCACUACUACUAACUACACUCUACACCCCUGGGCCUUCUCGGCCCCUUGUUAUGUUUUGUUGUUUUUAGUUUUUAUCGUGUUGCGGCGCAGUGUUAUUAUUUUUUUUUUUUUCAGAGUCCGAAAUUGCAUCACGCCAGUGGAAUUUUGACGGAUUGACUUUGUUUUCUUUUCUUCUCUGUUUCCUGCAGCAGCCCAAGCGGGAGGGGGAGCGAUAAACAUUAUUAUCGCACGCAAAUAACGGCGAAAGUGUAACGCACUUGCAUAAAUCAUAAAAGCAGAUACUACUACGUCCAUUCAGUUGAAGAUAAUUAAUUAAGUCCGCGUUGAUAAGCGGCAAAAACAAUUACAGCGCACAGGAAUCCCAUAUUUCUUGGGGGAAUUAAUGCCUCAAAUAAUUCAGGCGGCGGGGACAGCACAGAUUUAGAUAGGCGGCGCGCUCCUGACGGCUCAGUUCACUUGUUUUUAUCUUGCGCAUACUUUUAAGUUUACGAAGCAAAUGGGCAAAACAACAAAAUAAUGACGAGCCAGGCUCUGGGAGAAGGGGGAGACAUGGCGAGACACCAACACCCCGAGCAACACUAUUGCCGUCCCAUUCGCGCGCAUGCGUGGCAGGUCCCAUGCUUGCAUGUGUAUUGUUGCUGCGGCUUGAAAAGGUAACUCUACGGAUAUUUGUCUCCGUGUCGUCUCCACCAUCUCCCUUCUUUUUGACCGACCGCAUUUUUUAAGCUUUCUUUUCCACCUGUUUUUCUCUCUCUCCCUCUCUUAAUGCGGCGGCUGUUGAUAUUUUUACAAGUCUUUUUCACACACACCGACACAUGGACAUGGUCCAAGCCGCACACAGGUAGUGGGCUUUGGUGGUGUGCGUGAGUGGAUAUACAAACUGGGAGCGGCGGCAGGUUUCGUAUUGAUUUUCAAUGCUUUUUGUUCAAUUCAUUCACUAAUUCAACACACACACACUGUAUAUUAUUGUAUAUUAUUCUAAUCGACCGCGUUAUCCGCUGAUAUGCAGGGUAUUUCGUUUAUUUCCUUUACGUAAACCGCACAGGCACACACACAUGGACACUUGGGGUAUCCAUAUCUCGUUAACAUUUCGAUAUCAUCCUCUCACUUCGCACAUUCUUCUUCUAAUUAGCACGAAUCCGCAUCUCGCUGUCACGUUCGCAUUACUCAUACUUCUUGUCCCUGCGGAGCAGUCCUUGGCCAACAUGGAUCGAUUGAGUGAAUUGACCAGCGACGAAGCAAAGAUUAAGUGGGAUCCACUAACUAAGAUGGAAACAUUGCCAGAGGCUCGCUUGUUCACCUCAAUGCAGCGCCAAGAACAAAGGGAAAUAAAGCCUAAAACGCCCGGCAUGAAUCCGGAUACUGCAGAGAAAGUGGAGCUGCAAAUUUCAAUGGAGCAGGACACACCUGUGGUACCUACGGAUGAUCUAACCGGAAAUCCUGAUUCCGUUAAUGAUGACACAUUGGAUCCUCCUUUGGAUCAAAACAUUUUUUUGACACGUCCCGUGUACAGGUUGGUGCAAGUGCGAAACACAAAGUACUUAGUGCCAAUUAAGCCCAAGAUUAUUUGUAGGCUACUACCGGCCUUGGAGACAUAUGAAUAUUUACCCGAAGCCUAA